CGGAGGGCGAGGGGAAGAAUAAAGACCACACACAAAAAUGUCAAGGAGAAAGGGGAAGACGCUUUUUUGGCAGCGUGGGAUCCUGCCCGUUUAACAGCUGCCUUACAGGCUGAAGUUCAACAGCGUCUGGGAAGAGUAGGAUCGCUGUUCCCCGGGAAACGUCAGUUUGCUUGUGGGGAUGUUUGCUGGAGACCUUAUGGCCUGGUUCGCAUGACAUGGAGGGCCCCUUGGCAAUGCAGGUGCCCACGGCCGGGGUCGCGGGCCUCCGAGAGCGGGUGCGAGAGGCCCUCAAGGCAGACCUCUUGGCUGCAGACCUGAAGUGCAGCUUCUUCGUCUCUGCCCUGCAGAGCUACAAGCGGGAUUCUGUCCUUCGGCCCUUCCCAGGACUCUAUACCGCGGACGAGACGAAGGAUUUUGAGGCUUUGCUUGCAGAUACAAAUGCCUUGGUGGGCUUGAAAGAGCUGCUUGAGUUGGCCCAAGACGCAGGCACAAGAGGCUGGGAGUUGCUGGGCUGGGUUUUGUCUUCCAAGGCCCUGUGCAUCCACAGCACAAGCAAAAAGGAGUAUAAGAAGAUCCAGGAGCUGACAGGAGUGCCCUGCGUCCCCGUCCCUGCACCAGACUUCCUGUUUGAAAUCACUUAUUCCAGUCAAAUGAACGCCAAAUUUGAAGAGACCAAGGCGGGACGAGACCUCAUCUAUGCAUUCCAUGGGAGCCGGCUGGAGAACUUCCACUCCAUCGUGCACAAUGGGUUACAGUGCCAUUUAAACCGGACCUCCUUAUUUGGGGAAGGCACCUACCUCACCAGUGACCUGAGCCUCGCUCUCCUCUAUAGCCCCCAUGGCCUCGGCUGGCAGCAGAGCCUGAUGGGACCGAUCCUCAGCUGUGUUGCCGUGUGUGAGAUCAUCGAUCACCCAGAUGUAAAAUGCCAGGUGAAAAAGAAAGAUUCUAAAGAAAUAGACAAGAAAAGAGCCAGAGUGAGGAACAGCGAAGGGGGCGACGUUCCCCAGAAAUACUUUGUCGUCACGAACAAUCAGCUGAUACGGGUGAAGUACUUGCUCGUCUAUUCGCAAAAGCAGCACCAGAAGCCUGCUAGCCAGUCGUGGGUCUCUAAGCAUCGCUUCGCUAUCAUGAUGAGCCUGUAUCUGCUGCUGCUGGUUGCCAUCGGGGCUAGCAACUCCCCAGCUUUCCUCUACUAUUGGAACAGGAUUUUUGACUUAAAACAAUGAACUUGUGGGGAUGGGACAGGGCUGCCGACCCUCACCAUAUGCCUUAAUAUUGAGCAAUCUAAAGCCUUCAUGAAACUUUCCACUCUGAAGCUGGGGGGGGGGGGCUCUGGGGGCUGGGGUAGGAUGUUUCAGCUGCCUUAACUUUCCCGGCACAGCUAUUUCAUAUCUCUCUGGUUUUGCCUUGCUUCUCUGAACACGAGUCAGGUAGGUGGACCCUCCUUAGCUUAAAGAUGGAGCAGGACGAUGCAGGUGACAGGAAGUGCUAAAAUCCUGCAGAACAGGGACUGGCAAGACUUAAGGGUGGGGGUGGGGUCCCAUGGCUGCAAUCACUAGCAAGAGCUUCAGUGCCCUGUGCAAGUAAGGGUGAUGUUCUUCAUCUCAAAUCUCCCCCUUGCACUCUUUUCUGAUUUGGGCAUUGGAAAUAAAUUUCCUGAAUUCUCUCUCUCCUCCCCCCCCAUAAUACCAUAUGAAUGAUGGAAGAGCUGGGUCAGAGUCAGACCAGAUGCCCUUUUGCCCAGCAGCCCUUCUUACAGUGGCCACCUGUAUGCCCCAAUGAAAAGUUUAGAAGCAGGACCCAGGUGCACUUUCCUGCCUGACUUGUGAUUGCCAGAAAUUGAUGCUCAGAGGCAAUCCCUAGCUAGACGGACUCGUAGUCUGACACACCUAAGGCACCUUUCUGUGUCCUGAUUUGGCCCAAGACAACAUAAGAGCCCUGUCAGAGGAGGCCCAACUAGCCCAGCUGCCUGUUCUUGCAGUGUUCAACCAGAUACCCCUGAGAAGCAUGCAAGUAGGAAUGAGCGCAACUCUGGGUGUGAGAAAGAAGACAAGAGACCCUGUGUCCCUUGAAACAUGAUUUCCACUCCAGCAUUUGCCUGCCAAAUGCCCAAGUCAGAAACACGUUCCCAGUCUGAGAGCAAAGGCAUGCCGUCUGCAUCCUGUUGCUUCUCCUCAGCUGCUGGGCUGCCCCUUCCUUUGUGCUUCUCCCUGUUCCUCUUUCUCUUGCUUCUCCCUGUGACCAGCCUGCCGCCGCCCUCCUUUCAGCUGGUUGGGGCUUAUCUUGCGGGAACACCUUCCUCAAAGGGGGAGAACCAUCUCUCUCCAGACAGUCCCCUUUUCCCCAAAGCAAGGCAACAGUGUGGAGCAGCGUCUGCCCUCAAGCAGAGAGGCACAGGUGGCUCUUGGAGCAACAAUCUGAUCACUUGGCUCAGGGGGACGGGACCCUGGGGCCCUCCAGAUGUUAUGGGGCUCCAGCUCCUAUCAUCCCUGGCCAUUCGCCCUGCUGGGGAGCUGCUGAGAGUCUUAAGAGCCCAUGCAGGAACUCAGGGUUUCCACCUGUGAUCUGACUGUAGGAAAAACCACACACCGGCUGAGCACUGGAAGAGAUAUCGCAAAUGGCAAGAUCAUCUCCACUGCAGCUCAGGAUGGUAACACCCGUAAGAGGCAGAGGGUGGCUCAAGUUGUGAAGGUGGAAAAAUAAGUAAAUGGACUUCUUUCGGUUUGGACUUUGCAAAACAGACCUUCUGGGUGAAUUUUGCAUUUGCCUUCCUGGUUUUAUUCUGCGUAGCAGCCGCUUUACAAACCACACACCGAGGGCAGUUGGUUCGAGUCCCCUCUUCUCCACAGGCCUUUGGGCAAAUCACUUGUCAACACCAGCCCUCCAUUGAUAAAAUGGGAAUUGUGGCGGCCUACCUCGCAAGCUUGUUGUAAAGGCAAUUGCAAUAAAGACUCUCAUGCACUUUGAA